AUGUACGAAUGCGAAACCUGCACCCGCGAGUUCUACACGUCUCGCUCGUGCAGCCAGCACAUGAACGACACCGGCCACUGGGCCGCCCGCUACGACUGCGACACCUGCUCCAAGGUCUUCCUGAGCCGCCGCGCCGCGGACCAGCACAUGGAUGCCACCGACCACUGGGCGCCCCAGCACCCCUGCGAGACAUGCAGCCUCGUCUUCCGGUCCGAGGAGGACGCCGAGCGACACAUGGACCAGAAGGGGCACUACGAACACUACUGCCGGCCGUGCCGGAGGUCCUUUUCCAGCGCAAACGCCUUGAAAAUGCAUCUCAACUCCAGCACGCACCGCGGCAAAAAGGUCGGCUGUCCCUUCUGCGGCGGCCGGUACACCUCGGCCAGCGGCCUGGGCCAUCACCUCGAGACCGCGUCGUGCCCCAACGCCCCGCAGCUCAAUCGCGAAACCAUCUUCCGCCUGAUCCGUGAGCGGGACCCGGGCGGCCUCAUCACCAACAAGCUCAUCGGGUGGAAGGAGGACCGGCUGGGCCCGUACGAGGCCACCGACCACGCGUACAACGGCGACAGCUGGGAAUGCUACAUCUGCCACAGGACCUUCUCCACUUCCAACGGGUUGAACCAGCACCUGAACUCGCCCACGCAUAAGCAAAAGAUCUACCACUGUCCGAAUAAGCGAGGCGGCUGUGCCAAGCAGUUCGUUUCUCUGGCCGGCCUGUUUAACCACCUCGAGAGCGAGGAGUGCUCCUUCAUGAGGUUUGAGGCUGUCCAGUCCAGGGUGGACAAUUUGGUGAAUGGCCGGGGGAUGAUUGCGUUCUGA